AUGCCUGCGAGGAGUCCGGAGCGCUCGGAGCGCUCCCGGGGCCGCAGCGCCACAACCCUCGCCCGGAGCGCGGCAGAGCCGCCUCUCCCCGCCCGGCCGGGCGGGCCCGAGGGCUCCGCGCCGCCCCCGCCCCGCCGGCGCAUCCGGGUCGCGUUGCGGCGGCGGCAGCGCUGGUUCCCGGCCCGGCCCGGGGCCGCUCCCGCAGGCGCGGCCGCCCGGCCCGGCGAGCUCUGGGACGUGGUGGUGCUGACGGCGGCGGACGCGGCGCAGGCGGGCGCGUUCCGGGAGCAGCUGGCGGAGAAGCUGCGCCGGGGGGAGCUGCCGAGGGGCGUCCGGUACCACGUGUGCCCCGACCCGCCGGGGCCCAGGAUCGGAAAUGGUGGAUCAACUCUUCAUGUUCUUCAGUACUUGGAAGAUCUGUAUGGUGACCAGUGGGCUUCGUUCACUGUGCUGCUAAUCCAUUCUGAUGAAUGGAAGAAGAAAGUCAGUGAAUCCUAUGUCACAGUCACAGAGCGGUUGGAGGAUGACCUGCAAAUCAAGGAAAAGGAGUUGGCAGAGUUGAAGCAUGUUUUUAGCUCUGAUGAAGCCUUCUGCAAAGUCAAUUUAAAUUACCGCACUGAGAAUGGGCUCUCGCUGCUCCACCUGUGCUGUGGAUGUGGGGGCAACAAAUCGCAUAUCAGAACUCUGAUGCUGAAAGGGUUGCGCCCAUCCAGGCUGACAAGAAAUGGAUUUACAGCUCUGCACUUGGCAGCUUAUAAGGACAAUGUGGAGCUGCUCACAGCACUGCUGCACGGCGGGGCUGACAUCCAGCAGGUUGGGUACGGAGCGCUCACGGCCCUGCACGUUGCCACCAUCGCCGGCCACCACAAGGCUGUGGAUAUUCUCCUGCAGCACGGGGCUUAUGUGAACGUGCAGGAUGCUGUGUUCUUCACCCCCCUGCACAUUGCUGCUUAUUAUGGCCACGAGCAGGUAACCCACCUCUUACUGAAGUUCGGAGCUGAUGUGAAUGCAAGUGGUGAAGUUGGGGACAGACCUCUCCAUCUGGCUGCUGCCAAAGGCUUUCUCAACAUCACAAAGCUCCUGAUGGAAGAGGGAAGUAAAGCUGAUGUGAAUGCUCAGGACAAUGAAGAUCACGUUCCUCUACACUUCUGCUCUCGAUUUGGGCACCACGAAAUUGUGAAGUUCUUACUGCAGAGCAGCUUCGAAGUGCAGCCCCACGUGGUGAAUAUCUAUGGAGACACACCCCUACACCUUGCCUGUUACAAUGGGAAGUUUGAAGUUGUGAAAGAAAUAAUUCAGCUCUCAGGAACAGAAAGUCUCACUAAAGAAAACAUAUUCAGUGAAACAGCUUUUCACAGCGCUUGCACCUAUGGAAAGAACAUAGAACUUGUCAAGUUUCUUCUUGACCAGAAUGUUGUAAGCAUCAAUCACCAGGGAAGAGAUGGGCACACAGGAUUGCACUGCGCUUGCUACCAUGGCCACAUUCGCCUUGUGCAGUUCCUGCUGGAUAACGGAGCUGAUAUGAAUCUGGUAGCUUGUGAUCCCAGCAGGUCCAGUGGAGAAAAGGAUGAGCAAACCUGUUUGAUGUGGGCUUAUGAGAAAGGUCAUGAUGCCAUUGUGACCCUCCUGAAGCAUUACAAGAGACCUCAGGAUGAAUCCCCCUGCAAUGAAUACUCCCAGCCUGGAGGAGAUGGUUCCUACGUGUCAGUGCCGUCCCCUCUGGGGAAGAUUAAAAGCAUGACAAAAGAGAAGGCUGACGUUCUCCUACUCCGCGCUGGUUUGCCAUCGCACUUCCACCUUCAGCUCUCUGAGAUAGAGUUUCACGAGAUUAUCGGCUCAGGGUCUUUUGGAAAAGUCUACAAGGGACGGUGCAGAAAUAAAAUUGUUGCAAUCAAACGCUAUCGAGCCAACACCUACUGCUCCAAGUCUGACGUGGACAUGUUCUGCCGGGAGGUUUCCAUUCUCUGCCGACUGAACCAUCCGUGUGUCAUCCAGUUUGUGGGAGCGUGCCUGGAUGACCCCAGCCAGUUUGCCAUCGUCACCCAGUACAUCUCCGGGGGAUCGCUCUUUUCCCUGCUCCAUGAGCAGAAGAGAACUCUUGAUUUGCAGUCUAAAUUAAUCAUUGCUGUAGAUGUGGCCAAAGGCAUGGAGUACCUCCACAAUCUCACACAGCCCAUCAUACAUCGGGAUUUGAACAGUCACAAUAUUCUCCUGUAUGAGGAUGGUCAUGCUGUAGUUGCUGAUUUUGGAGAAUCUCGAUUUCUGCAAUCCCUGGAUGAAGACAACAUGACAAAACAACCUGGGAACCUGCGCUGGAUGGCCCCUGAGGUGUUCACCCAGUGCACAAGGUACACCAUCAAAGCUGACGUUUUCAGCUAUGCUCUGUGCCUCUGGGAGCUGUUAACAGGAGAAAUUCCAUUUGCUCACCUGAAACCAGCAGCAGCAGCAGCAGACAUGGCCUAUCACCACAUCCGCCCACCCAUCGGCUACUCCAUCCCCAAGCCCAUCUCUGCCCUGCUCAUGAGGGGCUGGAACGCCUGUCCCGAGGGGAGACCAGAGUUCUCAGAAGUUGUCACAAAGUUAGAGGAGUGUCUGUGCAAUAUUGAGUUAAUGUCUCCAGCCUCCAGCAACAGCAGCGGGUCUCUGUCUCCCUCCUCCUCCUCGGACUGCCUCGUGGCCCGGGGAGGUCCCGGCCGCAGCCACGUCGCCGCACUGCGCAGUCGGUUCGAGUUGGAAUACGCCCUGAACGCUCGAGCCUACGCUGUCUGGUCACAGGGCACUGGGCAACCCCCUUCUCAAGGCCUGUCUCUGGAUGACAUGAGAAGGAACUUCCAGUACCCCCCAGUCGACAAAAACGGGUACGUGUCGGACCCCUUGAGCACCAUGAGGUUCCACUCCUGCGGCAGCAGCGGCAGCUUCGAGGAGAGCAGCUGAGGGAGGGACCGUUUGCCUGCCGCCAGCCUGGCCAUUGACCUGCAGCUCUCGCUGCACCACCAAACCCCAGGUGUCACACCGAGAUCCCUGAACAGCUUUAGCACUGAUGGCAAAUAUCCCCAUCCUGCGUUCUGCUUUAGCAUCCCCCUCUGCUGACCUGCCCGAGGGCUGGGUUUUGGUGGUGUGCUGCUGUUCUGUAACACAGGAAUGCCCACAAGGAAUGCUGCACUUUCAUCUUGGGCACUGAUAACACGAUGAGAUGAAAGUAAAGAAACAUCAGUUAUAUUCCAGAGCUUUGAGGCAG